AUCGUCAAAGAUACAUUCCGUCUAGACACGGUUCCUCGAGAAUCCCACAUUCUUGGUUUAUCAGGGACAGUGCCCUACCUCGCCACCUCUCUAUCAACCGUCUUCCUGGCUUGGAAUCUCAACAAGGACGUCCCAAGCGGGAACCGAAUUCUCGACCACAUUCUUCUAGAACACGAAACAGCACAGUAUCUUCUUGAUUUCAUCGAACCGCUACAGCUCGGGUACGGCGCCGUGAUUAUCUCGUUCCUCGGAGCCAUUCAUUGGGGUCUUGAAUACGCAGAAAAGAAGCCGCAGCGUGACCGCACCCGUUUCCGCUAUGGGAUAGGUCUCGGCGCAUCCAUCGUCGCCUGGCCCACGCUCCUAAUGCCCCUCGAAUACGCCCUAACGACCCAAUUCGGAGCCUUUAUCGCUCUCUACUACGCCGAUUCCCGCGCCACGAAGCACGGAUGGGCGCCGGCGUGGUACGCCAAAUACCGCUUCCUCCUCACGGCCAUGGUCGGCCUCGCCAUCUUUGUCUCGCUCGUUGGCCGCGCCAAGAUCACCCAGCGCGGCGAACUCAACCAGAAGAGUCUAAAGGCCAGGGUGGAGGCGCCAGGCAUUGCGGACAAGGAAACGGACUGGGCCAAGUUGGAGAAAGAAGAGAUGUAUAGGGUUAAAAAGGAAAAGGCCAAAAAGGCUAGGGAAGAAGGACAGGCGGAAAAGGGAAAGCAGCAAGAAGAUAUGAAAGGUAAACAAGAUGGUCAGAGCGAAGACACGAAGAAGGAUGAAAAGGACGAUGGAGAAGAGAGCCAGGAGAAGAACGACGAUGGAAAGGACGAGAAAGAUGAAGGGGACGAAGAAGACAAUGAGAAAGAGAAAAGUGACAGCAGUAAAGAUGAAGACAAGAAUGGCGACGCUGACAACAGCCAAAAAGACGAGGCAAAGGAUAACGAGAGUAAAGAGAAGUCUGAUGAAGACAGCAAAUCAGCCAAGGGUGACAAAGACAGCAAGAAGAAGAAAUAA